AUGACCGACGACGAAGUCAUACGGAAGCGUCUCCUAAUCGACGGAGAGGGUGCUGGAGAUGAUGAGAGAAUUAAUCUGCUAGUGAAAAGUUUCAUUAAAUGGUGCUACUCUGGAGCCCAGGAAGAGGGGUACAGCCAGUACCAACAAAUGCUGAGCACACUGUCCCAAUGUGAACUUUCAAUGGGCAAAACUUUGCUGGUAUAUAAUAUGAAUCUCAAAGAAGUGGAAAAUUAUGAAAAAACUUACAAAGAAAUAGAAGGUAACAUUGCUGGAGCACAUGAAAAAAUUGCUGAGUUCAAAAAGCAAAUUCUUCAAGCAAAACAAAUACGAAAAAAUCGCCAAGAAUAUGAUGCAUUGGCAAAAGCGAUCCAGCGUCAUCCAGACAGGCAUGAGACAUUAAAGGAAAUAGAGGCUCUGGGAAAAGAAUUAGAGCAUCUUUCACGUGUUAAACAAAGUGUUGAAGAUAAGCUAGAAUUGAGAAGAAAACAGUUUCACGUUCUUUUUACUACCAUCCACGAACUUCAGCAAGCACUGGAAAAUGAUGAAAAGCUCUCAGAGGUAGAAGCAGCUCAAGAAACAAGCAUGGGAACUGAUCCUAAACCAUAGACUAACUCAUCACUCACCAUUCCCAAGAAUACUGAAGUAGCAACAUGAUCUUAGUGUGUUCAGAAUGUGUUGUGUUCUUGAGACAAUUAAAGUUUUGGCAGUGAACUACGUUGCUGUUAAAUUUUAAUUCACAGUUCAUUCAUAUUGCUUCACACAAAGGGAGAUGACUUCAUUAUAUGUUUGUUUUUAUUGAAAUGCCUUUUUUUU